AUGUCCCGCGCGACGCGAUUCCUCGAUGAAUCGAUCAAUUGCAUUUCGCUCACAGCUGGUGCUCUGCGUCGUGUAAAUCCUCGUCUUAACAUGUCGCCCAGAAUCUACCGGUCGCCAUACCCGGACAUUGAUAUCGAAUCGGUCGAUCUGGUCUCCUACUUGUUCUCGAACCCGUUCAACACACCUCUCGACAGACCUUUGUAUAUUGACGCGACGUCGGGGAAACAAUACACUUACGGCGAUGUGCUUCAGCGCACGCGGUCCCUCGCACAUGGCCUCCAACAGACCUUUGCUCUGAGGCCAGAUGAUGUCGUGGCCCUUUUCAGUCCGAAUACGAUCGAGUACCCCAUUGUUUGUCACUCUAUUGUGGGCUCAGGUGCCAUUGUUGCGCCUACCAGCGCGGCCUUGACGGCUCUGGAGUUGAACGCUCAACUGAAGACCAGUCGCGCCCGAUUUCUCAUUGUGCAUACCUCGCUCCUGGGAACGGCGCAGAAAGCAGCCAAAGGUACGGUGGUUGAGAAGAUUAUUCUCCUGGAUGGCCCUUCCCUAGUGAAUGGACAGCCUACAUGCGAAUACCUCGCGAGCACUUCUCCGUCUGCCCCCUUGAGAGAAAUUGCGCCCGCCGCUGCUCCAAACAAGACGGUCUUCAUUUGCUUUUCUUCAGGCACCUCUGGUCCAUCUAAAGGUGUUGUCACCACGCAUCAAAACAUGACGUCCAACUUGCAGCAAUGGCGCGCGCAUAUGCUGGAAUCGGGCCAGAUGUCUCAGCGAGUCGAUCGGAACACCACCAUUGCGUUCCUGCCGUUCAGUCAUAUCUACGGCCUCAAUCUCUACAUGUGCCAGUGUCUGUUGUGGGGGACAACCGUGGUCAUGCUACCCCGAUUCGACCUCGACCAAUAUCUUGGCUGCGUGGAGAAGUAUCGCCCGGGUGAGCUCGCAUUGGUGCCUCCGAUCGCUCUGAUGAUUGUGAAAGACCCUCGCGUUUCCAAGUAUGACCUACGCAGCGUCAAACGAAUCAUGUCCGCCGCCGCGCCUCUGACGAACGAACUAUCCGCCGCCCUCGAAGCCAAGUUCAAGGAGCUGUACCAGACCCAAGUCUUCUGCACUCAAUCCUGGGGCCUGACCGAAACCUCGCCCAUGGCCACCGCCGUACCGAACGAUCGCAUGGACAAGAGAGAGUCUGGAGUGGGCUGCAUUACGCAUAACAUGGAAUUCCGCUUCGUGGACCCGGAGACCAUGACAGAUGCCGCGACGAAAUCAGAUGGGUCGACUGAGCCUGCCGAGAUCUGGUGUCGAGGACCCAAUGUGACACGGGGCUACUACAAUAACGAGGAUGCCACGAAGGGAGCCUUCCACACUGAACCGGAUGGAACUCGCUGGUUCCGCACCGGUGAUAUCGGGGUCAUCGACAAGGAUGGCUUCAUUGCCAUCCAAGACCGGAUCAAGGAGAUGAUCAAAUACAAGGGUCUACAGGUUAUCCCCAGCGAAUUAGAAGGAAAGCUGGUGGAUCACCCCGACAUCGCAGAUGCUGGGGUGGUCGGCAUGUGGGUGGAUGAGAUGGCCACGGAGCUGCCAGUCGCCUUCGUGGUCCUCAGCCGCCAGGCAAAGAGUCGAGAAGCCAAGGAUGUCAUCAAUGGUAUUCAUGCGUGGCUGAAUCCGAAGGUCGCCAACCAUAAGAGACUACGGGGCGGGAUCCAUGUGCUGAAUCAGAUUCCCAAGAGCCCCAGUGGCAAGAUUUUGCGGCGACAGCUCAAGGAUCUGCUAAAGAGUAAAAGGCCGAAGUCCCAAUUGUAG